AUGGCCGUCGGAAAAAACAAGAGGAUUUCGAAGGGGAAGAAGGGAGGCAAGAAGAAAGCAGCUGAUCCCUUUGCUAAGAAGGACUGGUAUGAUAUCAAGGCGCCGUCUAUUUUCAACACCAGAAACGUGGGCAAAACUCUAGUUACUCGUACUCAGGGAACUAAGAUUGCUUCAGAAGGGCUCAAGCACCGUGUGUUUGAGGUGUCCUUGGCUGACUUGCAAAAUGAUGAGGAUCACUCCUUCAGGAAGAUUCGUUUGAGAGCUGAAGAUGUUCAGGGCAAGAAUGUUCUCACAAACUUCUGGGGCAUGGAUUUCACCACUGACAAACUUAGAUCACUCGUGAGGAAAUGGCAGUCACUAAUUGAGGCACAUGUCGAUGUCAAGACAACCGACAACUACACUCUGAGGUUGUUCUGCAUUGCCUUCACUAAGAAGCGUGUGAAUCAGCAGAAGAGGACAUGCUAUGCACAGUCUAGCCAGAUUCGUCAGAUCCGGAGGAAGAUGAGGGAGAUCAUGGUGAACCAAGCACAGUCUUGCGUUCUAAGUGAGUUGGUUCAGAAGUUCAUUCCGGAGUCGAUUGGCAAAGAGAUUGAGAAGGCAACUCAAAGCAUCUACCCUCUGCAGAAUGUGUAUAUCAGGAAAGUCAAGAUCUUGAAAGCUCCCAAAUUCGACCUUGGCAGGCUUAUGGAUGUUCAUGGUGAUUCUAAAGAAGAGAUUGGUGUGAAGUUGGAAAGGCCGGCCGAGGAGCCACUGGCUGAGGCUACUGAAGUUGUUGGUGCCUAG